UUCCAAGUGGCAUAAUUGGACGUUGAUUACAGUUUAUUUGAUGAUCAUGUUCAAUGGAUGGUAGGGAAAUGUCGAUCGUUAUCGCAAGGGCUAUGCGGGUUUUAUGUCGCAAGAGAAGAGACGCUUGGGGCGCCUCUGUGAAAAUACUGGGGUUUGAUUGGUAGACAGACGAAGCGUUGCGCUUGACAACCGAAGGGGCUGGGUAGCAGACUACCAGCAGCAGAAAUCGAUCCGAGGAGACAACAGAAAGGGAGAGACAAACAACAAAAGAGACUGACGAACAAAACGAAGGAGAAUCGCUCGGACAGCUACGAUUUUCAACAACGGAAACAAAUCUAAGGAGCGUGUCUUUUCAGCCCAUGUAUUUUUAGACCAAGUCUGUCGUCACCAUGACAGCGGAGGAGAUCAUCAAUGUGAAGGAGGUGGAGAUCAUCAAGGUGAUCCUAGACUUCCUCAACUCCAGAAAGCUCCACAUUAGCAUGCUGGCCCUGGAGAAGGAGAGUGGAGUCAUCAACGGACUCUACUCUGACGACAUGCUCUUCCUCAGGCAACUGGUGCUAGAUGGGCAGUGGGACGAGGUGCUUCAGUUUAUUCAGCCGCUGGAGUGCAUGGACAAGUUUGACAGGAAAAGGUUCCGUUACAUCGUCCUGAAGCAGAAGUUUUUAGAGGCCCUGUGUGUGAACAACGCCAUGUCUGCUGAGGACGAGCCACAGCAUUUGGAGUUCACCAUGCAGGAGUCGGUGAAGUGUCUUCAUGCCCUGGAGGAGUUCUGUCCAUCUAAAGAUGACUACAGCAAGCUAUGUCUGCUCCUCACUCUGCCUCGUCUCACCAACCACGCUGAGUUCAAGGACUGGAACCCCAGCACGGCACGGGUGCACUGUUUUGAGGAGGCGUGCACCAUGGUGGCAGAGUUCAUCCCUGCAGACAGGAAGCUGAGUGAGGCGGGGUUCACUGCCUCAGGGAACCGCCUCUUCCAGCUCCUCAUUAAAGGAGUUCUGUAUGAGUGCUGCGUAGAGUUCUGUCAGAGCAAGGCGACAGGCGAGGAGAUCACAGAGGGCGAGGUGCUCCUAGGGGUGGACAUGCUGUGUGGGAACGGCUGUGACGACCUGGACCUGUCCUUACUGUCCUGGAUGCAGAACCUGUCCCACAGUGUCUUUUCCUGUGCCUUCGAGCAGAAGUUGCUUCAGAUCCAUGUGGACCGCCUGGCCAAGCCUGCCAAGGCCAGCUACGCAGACCUCCUCACCCCUCUCAUCAGCAAACUAUCCCCCUACCCCUCCUCGCCCCUCCGCCGCCCCCAGUCCGCAGACACCUACAUGUCCCGGUCUCUGAACCCGGCCCUGGAUGGCCUGUCAUAUGGGCUGUCUGGCCAGGAGAAGAGGGGCCCAGGGGUGGACACGGCAGGGAGGAAGGGGAUGUCCCCCAUGUCUCAUUCCUUCGCUAACUUCCACACGGGGGGUCAGAGUCUGAGCAGGAGUCUGAUGCUGGACAGCCAUGACUGCCACAGCAUCUUUGAGGAGUCUCCUGAGAGCUCCAGGACGGACACGCCUGUGGAUAAGAUGAUGAGUUCAGGCACCCUGCGCCCCGACUCCGCCCCUGGAGAGGACGCCCCGUCACCAGGCUCUGCAGAGAGGAACGAGUUGCGUGACUCGACAGAGAAGUUUGAAGAGUUCUACCGCCAGCGUUUGAGAGUCCAGCAGCACCUGGAACAGAAGCAGCAGCAGAGACAACUCUACCAGCAGAUGCUGCUGGAGGGAGGGGUACAACACAGUGACCAGCCAGCCCCCGGGACAGACGCCAUGCAGCACAGCCUCACUGAGACAUUCCUCAACAGGUCUAUUCAGAAGCUGGAGGAGUUGAAUUUAGGGAUGGAGAGUCUAGGGGAGGAGGUCCAGUCUCUGUCCCAGCAGUGUAACGGCACGGGCCCGACCCCAGAGAACAACAACAACGGUGACCCCGCAGGCCUGACCCCUGACCCCACUGUGAACCUGACCCCCGAGCAGGGCCGCCCUCAGGGAGGAGGGGUGGUCAGCAGCACCCCACAACGCACUGCAGGGGGACGGGAGGUGCCCCCACCUAAUGAAUCCCCCGUGCUGAUAUCUCAAAGUGUGUUGCAGGGGGACAAGGCCAAGCCCCUGUUUGUAGCUGUGAAUACCCUGGAAGACACUCAGGCAGUGCGCGCUGUAGCCUUCCACCCCACGGGAGCGCUAUACGCCGUGGGCUCCAACUCUAAGACGCUACGCGUGUGUGCCUACCCAAACGCACCACUGGACACCAGUGGGGUAUCAGGUAUGACCAAGCAGCCGGAGGUUUGUUUUAAGAGGAAUAAGCACCAUAAGGGUUCUAUCUACUGUGUGGCCUGGAGUCACUGUGGACAGCUGCUAGCCACUGGCUCCAACGACAAAUAUGUCAAAGUCCUGCCCUUCAGCUCAGAGACCUGCAACGCCACAGGUCCAGACCUGGAGUUCAGUAUGCACGACGGUACCAUCAGAGACCUGGCGUUCAUGGAGGGACCAGAAAGUGGAGGGGCCAUUCUGAUCAGCGCCGGAGCUGGAGACUGUAACAUCUACACCACUGACUGUCAGAGAGGACAGGGCUUACACGCUCUCAGUGGACACACAGGUCAUAUCCUGUCUCUGUAUACGUGGGGAGGGUGGAUGAUAGCGUCAGGCUCUCAGGACAAGACUGUGAGGUUCUGGGACCUGAGAGUACCAAGCUGCGUUAGAGUGGUGGGCACUGCCUUUCAUGGAUCAGGCAGUCCUGUUGCCUCGGUAGCGGUGGACCCUAGCGGUCGUCUCCUAGCGACGGGCCAGGAGGACAGCGGCUGUAUGCUUUAUGACAUCAGAGGGGGACGCAUGGUGCAGACAUACCGGCCCCACUCCAGUGAUGUGCGCUCCGUUAGGUUCUCCCCCGGGGCACACUACCUGCUCACUGGUUCCUAUGACACCAAGGUCAUGAUCAGCAACCUGCAAGGUGACUUGACGAAGCCGUUGCCCCUGACUCUGGUAGGGGAGCACGGUGACAAGGUGAUUCAGUGCAGGUGGCACACACACGACCUGUCCUUCCUCUCCUCCUCCGCUGACCGUACCGUCACACUCUGGACACACAACCCCUAACACACACACACACACGACCUGUCCUUCCUCUCCUGACCGUACCGUCACACUCUGGACACACAACCCCUAACACACACACACACGACCUGUCCUUCCUCUCCUGACCGUACCGUCACACUCUGGACACACAACCCCUAACACACACACACACGACCUGUCCUUCCUCUCCUCCUCCGCUGACCGUACCGUCACACUCUGGACACACAACCCCUAACACACACACACACGACCUGUCCUUCCUCUCCUCCUCCACUGACCGUACCGUCACACUCUGGACACACAACCCCUAACACACACACACACACACACGACCUGUCCUUCCUCUCCUCCGCUGACCGUACCGUCACACACAACCCCUAACACACACACACGACCUGUCCUUCUUCCUCUCCUCCUCUGCUGACCGUACCUUCACACUCUGGACACACAACCCCUAACACACACACACGACCUGUCCUUGCUGACCGUACUGUCACACUCUGGACACACAACCCCUAACACACACACGACCUGUCCUUCCUCUCCUCCUCCGCUGACCGUACCGUCACACUCUGGACACACAACCCCUAACACACACCGACCUGUCCUUCCUCUCCUCCUCCGCUGACCGUACCUUCACACUCUGGACGGACACACACUCAACCCAACCCCUAGUACACACACAGUGGACAUGAAUAACCUAUAAUACACAACCUGGAUGCACCCUACACUCACUAGUUGCAACCAACAGGACGGUUUAUCCCUCUGGAGUGAAGUCCGAGUAUCAAGGUUCGAUUUCAUGCUCAGCUCCCCUCACAUCACUGCUUCUGGGAACAACUCACUCUGGCAGCUGCAUCCUGUACUUAGUGGUGCAACAGGUGUGUCUGUGUGGGGGGUGGGGGGGGGGAAGGGAAGUGCACCAACUGGAGAUGUUUUGCUACAGUGCAUUGUUUCAUAUGGUGCCUUGAGUUGUCCAGUUUCCACAAGAGCAGAAAUCCAUGUGGGUCCUCUCCAUUUUGGGGUCAAAGUUGUGACAUUCCAGAAACAAAAUGUACAUUCCUCAUUAGUUUGCACAGUCAGUGUGUUUUGUUACAACUUGUUACCAUGCUGCUAUUAUUUGAGAAGAAACCAAUGUUGUGAUCUAAACUGCUGACUGUGUGGUUCAUUACAUCAGGUGAUCAGUGUGGGACAAAAACUAUCGAGAUGAAUCUGUUGCUUCGAUCAAUUAGCUUGUCAAUACUACUAGUAUGCCCCUAUUGUGGAACUUUCCGAUGUCUAACGCUACAGUGCAAGUUUGCCUAUGGCUUUGUAAAAAAAAUAGUUUUUUUGGGGGGGAACUUGUACGUUGUCAUGUUUAGUGCAAAAAUGCUAUCUUUGGGCAGAUAUGGUGUUUCUUGCAUUGGCUUGCUUUCAAAUGGAAAAAUACAAUACUGGUUUUAUAUCAACAUGGAAGGGAAUUACAGAUCUACUUUUUGGCUUGGCCAGAUGCAGCAGCGUACAGUUAAGUUGUAAGCAACAAUCACUUGUAUAGCUUUACUUAGUUCUGCAAUGUUACUGGUUGUUACCUAGAUGGCAGUCUUUGACCAUAGAAAGGGAUUCUUAUGCACAAUGAAAUCUUAGAAAAAGCUCUACAUCACAUUUAUGAACCUGUUGAGGGCCAUGUUUAGUUUCUGUAUCUUGUGUUUGCACCAGACACUUAUCAAGAUGUAGGCUUUGUUCAUCAAUUUUAAAAUAAGGCCAAACUAAUGUAUUUAUUUAUAAUUUGUUAUUGUAUGUCUAGUCAUGAUUUUCUGUUGAUAUGAAAUAAGAUGGUUCUUGUAUUUAGCUUUUAUAAAAACUUGUUUUAAGAAGUGACUAAGAGAAAUGAAAGUGUGUUCGCUGCGGUGGUAUGUAAAUAAAAGCCUCUGACUCUUGA